UGCAUCUAUGUUUAUGUAACUUAUUGUCUGUUCAGGAUAAGCAAUGCCCCAGUUGCAGAUAUUUUAAUUAUUUGGGCAAAAUGUGAAGACGGCAAGUUACGAGGAUUCAUUGUGGAAAGGAAUGGAGCUAGAGGAUUGGCAACACCCAAAAUAGAAGGCAAAUUCUCACUUCGGGCAUCUGCUACAGGAAUGAUUUUCUUAGAUGAAGUUGAAGUUCCAGAGGAAAACGUUCUUCCUGGUGUGACCAGUUUCAAAGGACCUUUUACCUGUCUUAGUAAUGCUCAUUAUGGUAUUGGUUGGGGAGCCCUGGGUGCAGCAGAGUUUUGCUUAGCAGAAGCACGUCGAUAUACACUAGAGCGUCACCAGUUUGGACGGCCUUUAGCAGCCACCCAGCUCAUUCAGAAGAAAUUAGCAGAUAUGCUUACAGAAAUAUCAAUAGGUCUUCAAGAAUGUCUUCAAGUGGGUCGCCUGAAGGAUAAGAAUUUGUGUACUCCAGAAAUGAUAUCAAUACUGAAACGUAAUUCCUGUGGAAAAGCUUUGGACAUUGCACGCACUGCCCGUGACAUGUUGGGUGGGAAUGGCAUUUCUGAUGAAUAUCAUAUUAUUAGACAUGUUCUGAAUCUGGAAUCAGUCAAUACAUAUGAAGGUACUCACGAUAUCCAUGCUCUCAUUCUUGGGAGAGCUAUAACUGGAAUACAAGCAUUUAGCUAAAAACUGGACUAAAUAUUGUGUUGCUACUGAAUAUUUAUGCAUUGCUGUAUUUUCUGAGGUUGUACCAAAAGUGCCAAUUUGUGUCAUGAAUGGUGAAAGUUUGUGAUCGUCCUCCAACAUG